AUGGUACCGAUCCUGAAAAUAUGCUUAAGCCGGAACUCAUUCACAUAUGCCAUUACUUGGGAUGUUUUGAGCGAAAUCGAUCUGAACGAGAAUGAGACAACUUCUUCCGGCAGCAUCUGCAUCAAAACCAUUUUUCUUGAAUUGGCUCAAAUGAUGGAACUUCCAAAGCUGUAUGAAAGAAUCUGUGAUCCUACAUUGCAAAAUGCGUUUCAGGGACUUUUUCCUCGGGACAACCCAGCCAAUACUAGCUUCGCCAUCAAUUUCUUCACAUUAAUCGGUCUUGGUGGACUGACGGUGGAUCUUCGCGAGUUUUUGGGAAAAGGCGGAAAGAGGCAGAAAAGAAGGCACAAUGAUCUGGGACAUGACAUUCCUGUGAUGCUGCAGGGUCCGCAA